CAUCUCACGAGCUGUGGGAAUAUAAUUAACGGUAGAUGUGUAUGCAAAUUAAUGUGUGACGUCAUCUAGCGACAAAUCUGAAGGUUGGCAGCUACUUUCUCUGAGGAGAAAACGGCUAGAGCGAGGCAUACUUCUACAAAUUGUGUGGUCGACAGAAAAUCUUGGAGACAUGGUGAAAGAUGUUAAUAAGCCAAAGGGGAAGACAUCUGCGUAUGCUUUCUUCGUCAAAACAUGCCGCGAGGAGCAUAAGAUAAAAAGUCCGGGCACAUCGGUGAACUUUGCGGAGUUCUCAAAGGAAUGUUCGGAGCGGUGGAAGAUCCUGACGGCAAAGGAAAAGGGCCUGUUUGAGGACAGGGCGAAAGUCGACAAAGCUCGCUACGACCGCGAGAUGAGAAGCUACAUACCUCCUAAAGGCUCCAAGAAAAGGAAGGUUAAGGAUCCCAAUGCCCCAAAGCGUCCCCCAUCCGCGUUCUUCGUGUUCUGUUCCGAGCACCGUGCGGCCCUGAAAAGCGAGAAUCCGGGCAUCACUAUUGGAGAAAUAGCGAAGAAGCUCGGAGAGAUGUGGGCUAGACAAUCACCCGCAGACAAGGCCCCGUUUGAGCAGAAGGCUGCAAAACUGAGGGAGAAAUAUGAGAAGGAUGUUGCAGCCUAUCGUGGAAAGGGCAUUGCUGGCCAAAUGGGACUCCCAGGUCAAUCACUGGGGUCAGCCAAGGUCGAACCAAUGGAGGAUGACGAUGACGAAGAUGAUGAUGAGGACGACGGUGACGAAGAUGACGAUUAAAGUGUCAGUUCUGAAGCUCGAGCUGUGUAUCAUACAGAACAAGUGUGAACCUCAGCCGCCAAAAUCCAUGUCAAUAGUUGUAUCCCGGUGGUAUUUUCAGAAUGAACAGAAAUGUGUACAUACACAUGCCGUUUUGUGGAGUAUGUAGUACUUAUUCUUUAAAGCACUGUGUUUUUGUAUUUUAGAUAGUGUGGCAAUUCUCAAAUGCCCUUAUAAAAAUGUAACAAGUUUGUAAAAUUGUUAUUUUUAACUUUUUCUUUGGAAAAUACACUACUCUAGCCUA